GAGCCAACGACGUAUUUCGCGUCGUCAUUCUUCGUUGCCAUCUUUCUGACAUUGACAAUAUUGACAUUCCUCUGUGUUGUGUUGUGAUUUGUGUUCGCGAUAACGUAAAGACUUACGUUCGAUUUUCGCUAGAAACGUCCGUGUUUUCCGUGGCUCGCGAACCCGAUUUGAUAAAUUCGGAAAAAAUGGACAUGAGCAUGUACUUGACCGCUCCCCUGCAGAUCGACAAAAUAUGCAGGGCCUGCCUCACCGAAAAGGGAGACAUGAGGCCCUUAUUUGGCGCUUGUCUCGACGAAAUGCUCAAUUCAUUCGCUUCUAUUCAGGUAGCUGAAAACGAUGGGUAUCCACAUCUCAUGUGCGUGCAGUGCGUCCUGCAAUGCAGCAGGGCCUACACGUUCAAGCAGCAAUGCGAAAAAUCGGAUAAUAUUUUACGGCAGUACCUCUCACAGGAAUUUCAGCAACAACUAGCCGAAACGAUAGCUGAAAAACAAAGAGAACAGGCCAAGCAGGAGCUGCAAGAACAACUGCAAUUUUCCGAGCACAUAGGAACUGUCAUCACCAUCGAACAGGAUAUUCCUGAGUUUGUUACAUACUCAGAGGAACAAUUAGACGUGAAGGAAGGUUUAUACACAAUCGAGGAGACGAGUUCCUUAACAGAUAAUGGCACCGAGGACAUUACUGAUAGAAUUGUAGUACGAUUCGACAGCGAUAGCAAACUCACAGAAGGCGAUAACAGACUCAAAUAUCCCUGCACGAAAUGCGACCUUUCGUUCGCGUUGAAAGUCGAUCUCAAAGUGCACAUGAUGUCUCACCCGAAAGAACUCAACUACGAAUGCCAGAUAUGCCUGAAGGCCUUCAGCGAGGCGCGGAUUUUGAAGCGCCACCUCAAAAUCCACCUGGAGCAGAAGCCCCACCAGUGCGACCAGUGCGACAUGUCGUUCGCGGAGAGCUCCAACUUGAGCAAGCACAAGAAAAAGCACACGGGAGAGUUGAGAAACAUCAAGGGCAAACCGCAUUUGUGUUCCGUGUGCGGCAGAGCCUUCAAAUGGGCCUCCAGUUUAUCCAAACACAUGAAAUACCACACGGGCCACAAGUUGUUGUCGUGCGAAUAUUGCGGAAAGCAAUACGUAGAAGCGAGGAGUUUGAGAAUUCACAUUAGCUCUCACACAGGCGAAAGACCGUUUGUUUGCGAAGUGUGCAAUAAAGGUUUCACGCAAAUUUGUAAUCUGGACAAGCACCUUCGAGUACACACCGGCGAAAAGCCCUACGAGUGCCCCAUUUGCAACAAAAGGUUCACGCAAUCGGGCUACGUGGGUAUUCACAUGCGCACCCACACGGGCGCUCGGCCUUACGUAUGCGGGACGUGCGGCAAGGCCUUCGCAGCUUCGAGUACUCUAAAUAUCCACCAACACACCCAUACCGGAGAGAAACCCUACACGUGUCAGGUGUGCCACAAGUCGUUCAGCCGACAGGAAACGCUUAUUAUCCAUAACAGGUCCCAUACGGGAGAGAAGCCCCAUAUAUGCGUGGUGUGUAAUAAGGGGUUCAGCAGCUCCGGCCUGCUCGCCGGGCACAUGAGGACGCACACCGGGGAGAAACCGCACGCUUGCGAAUGCUGUGAUAAGAAGUUCGCCAGUUCCAGCAGCUUGAAGGUGCACAUGCGGUCGCAUACGGGUGAUAAGCCGUUCUCUUGCAAGAUAUGCAGCAGGAACUUUUCGCAAUCGAGCUCUUUGCAACAGCAUUUGGCUACGCACGUUUCCAAAGCGGAAGUGGUUAAAGUGGAACCCGUGCAUGUCACGUUACCGGAACUCAUUACUGUAGAUAAUCAAACGAUUCAAGUGCAGGCUAUUACCACUAUUUAAACGAUAUAGCAUAAAUACUGUGUAAAUAUAUUACUAGAUAUUUUAUAAAAAAUUAUUUCAUAAAAAG